AUGCUCACUGAAAGUUAGAGUUAAUCAUCAGUUCAUUGUUUUGUUGAUGGUAAUUUCUUUUUAAGCAUAAUCAGGUUUGAAAAGUUAGCAACUUGAACUUUAGUAAGGAAAAUUUUAAACUUCUGAAUUGUUUCUAAAAUAAGGUUCAAUAAUGGUUUAAUAUUAUUUCAGCUAAAAUUUUGCAUUCAUUAGGAAGAAAUGAUGAAGCUUUGCUUAAUUUAAACAAGGCUAUAGAACUUGAUUCAAGAAUGAUAGAAGCAUAUUUUAUUCGAGGUAAAAUGAAGAAAAUCUUUAGGAAAUAUAUUUAGAUUAUUAAAUUAAACGUAGUUUGCUCUAUAAGAUUAUAAAAAAUGUGCAUCUGAAGGAACUAAUAAUUAUUAAGUUUAUUAUAAUUUAGGUAAUGUAUUAAAUAAUUCUAGGUUUGCUUCUAGCGGAAAAUAAUAGAAAAGAGGAAGCUAUUUUAUAUUUUGAUUAAUCACUUAAAUAUUUUCCAACUUUAGAAACAUUAAUUAAUAAGGGAAUAUUGUGUAUCUAAUUAGAUUUUUUUGAAUAAGCAUUAUAAACAUUCGAAAAAGCCUUUGAUUUGAAUCCACAAUGUCAUAUAGUUUUGUUUAGCAUGGGUAAUUUUAGAAACGAAAAGAAUAGGUUAUGCCUUGUAUAAACUGAAUAGAUUUGAAGAAUCAUUGGACUGUUAUAAUAAUGCAAUCAAACUUAAUAACUAUUUGAUUAACGGUUAUAAUAAUAAAGGUAAAUUUAACCUUCUUUUUUUUAUAGCUGUUGUUCUUUGCAAAUUAGGCAAAGAAAAAGAAGCUAUUGAAAGUUUAAAAAAAGGUUUAAGAUUAUAAUCUGAUGAUCCAAUUUUAAAUUUAAAUUUAUUUAAAUUAUAUAGGAUUUUAAAAUAAAUAGAAGAGUCUAAUCUCAUUAAGAAUAAACUUAUUGGUAUUGAGCCAAUGUGGUCAGAAAUAGAAAAUUUAGAAUAAAUAGAAUCUAUGUUAGAAAGUACCACUAAUGAAAUCAAAUUAUUAUAAACCAAUAGUCUAGAUCAAUCUCUUAAAUAAUUAAAUGAUUAUUUUGAAAGAGUUCAAAAUGCAUAUAAAAAUUUAUGGAACUAUGAUUUGGAACUAGAAAAAAUUGACCCUUAAUUUAAUUAAUAAGAUACUUUUUCAAUUUCUUAAAUACUUGAGUAAUCUUUGAAUAGUGAAGAGGCUAUUAUUAAGCAUAAACUAUUAUACUUGUAAGAUAGAAUCUAUUUUUAAUCAUUAUAUUGGAGAUUAUUAAAUUACAUUAGAAUUAUCCAAUCAGCCUAAGUUGAAGCAAAUAGUGAAAAAAUAUAAGCCAUUAUCGAUUAAAUUAAUAAUAACAAUAAAUUUUUACUUCCAUAAGAAAGUGAUAAAUAAAAUUUUGAUAAUUUAUCCAUAAGUUAAUUUUAUAAUGGGUAGAAAUUCAAUAAUAAUGACAAACUAAACACUGAAAAUUAAAUGAAGAAAAUUUCGAAUAAUUCAGUUGUUUAUUAAAGAGCUAGAAGUGCUUCUAGAAGAACUACAAAAAAACCAAACAUUGAUAAAUCAAAAUCAUAGCCUUCUUAAAUUAGAUUAAAGAAAAAUAAAAAUUCCUUGAAUAUAAAUUAAAAUUAAUAAACAAGAUUUUAUCAUGAAAAAUAAGUAACAUAUCAAUAAAAAGAAAACAAAUACAUUGAAUAUAAACCAAUAUUUAUUUCAUUAGAAAUUGUUAAAUUAAUUAAUGAAAGUUUAGAAGUUAAUACAUUUACAGAUUUAUAAAUUAGAAAUAUUAUUAAAGUGAUAAAUAAUAAAACAAAAAAUCUGAAAGAACUUGAAGUUGAAAUUUAAUAUGCUGUUUAUGAUUUAUCAAACCGAAAAUUCGAAUAUAAUAAAUCCAAUAGUUAAAUUUUAGAAAUAUAAAAGAAAGAAUAUGAAUUAAACAAGCUUGAUUAUAUUAAUUAGAAAUAAUGGUAACAAGGGAUUGAUGAUACUAUUUUAAUAUUACACUAUUUCAAAGAUAAUUAUCGUGCAUUAGUAGAACCUCUGCAACAAAAUCUUCGAUUUUAAAUUUAAGCCAGUUAAAAUUAUGUUAGAAAGUCUAAUUUGAAAAAUAAAGAAUAAAAAGUAGUGUAAGUAGAACAAAGCUGUACUUGCCUAAUUUAAUGA